CUGAUAUUCUUCUCACUCCAUCCCUCAGUUCCCCCAUCUCUCUCUCUUCAAGAACAUGCGAAGUUUGAUUCGUGCUUCUCGUCUAUUUAACCGAUCCUCCACUUUCUUCUCCGCGACCCUCUUCAUCAAACAGACUCCUUUCAAUUUCUCUCUCUUCAAAUCCUCUAAAACGUUUCAAUCUUUGCGAACAUUUGCGAUCAUGGCCUCUGGAAGUGAGGAGUUCGUCAAAGGAAAUGUUCAUCCGAACGGCGUCGCUGUCAUCACUCUCGAUCGCCCCAAAGCGCUCAACGCCAUGAAUCUAGAUAUGGAUAUAAAGUACAAGAAUUUUCUGGACGAAUGGGAAGAGGAUCCAAAGGUGAAAUGUGUUUUGGUUGAAAGCAGUUCGGCUCGUGCCUUUUCAGCAGGUAACAUGAGAGAAAAAAAAAUGAAAGUAAUAUAUUUGGCUGACAAUUGGUAGUUUCUGGCUUUUUGUUCAAUGCCAUUCGUGGCCAAUGCAGGAAUGGAUAUUAAGGGUGUUGUUGCUGAGAUUCAAAAGGACAAAACCACCCCUCUUGUGAAAAAGGUUUUCACCGCAGAGUAUUCCCUUAUAUGCAAAAUCUUUGAUUACAAAAAGCCUUAUGUAUGCUUCAUGGAUGGCAUUACGAUGGGCUUUGGAAUUGGCCUCUCUGGUCAUGGUCACUAUAGGCUCAUAACAGAAAGGACUGUUCUUGCUAUGCCGGAAAACGGGAUUGGCUUGUUCCCAGAUAUUGGGUUUGCUUAUAUAGCAGCACAUAGUCCAGGAGAAGGAUCUGUUGGUACUUAUCUUGGAAUGACUGGAAAUAGGAUAUCGACACCUGCUGAUGCACUCUACGUAGGUCUUGGAACACAUUUUGUGCCAUCUGGGAAUUUGGGUUCACUGAAGGAGACUCUAUUGGCAACCACCUUUUCCGAGGAUCCACAUCAGGACAUCAAAGCACUGUUGGUGACAUACAGCAGUAACCCUGAGUCGGAGCCCCGGCUGAAAUUAUUGUUACCUAGGAUAAUUUCAACCUUCAGUACAAAUAAGUCUGUUAAAGAGAUAAUAGAAGAGCUGGAAAAGCACCAGUUGAGUGCUGAUACUUUAGUGGCAGAGUGGGCUAAGGACGCCCUUGUGGGGCUUAAAAAAGGUGCUCCUUUUUCUCUUUGCCUCACACAAAAACAUUUUUCUCGAGUUGCUUCUGCAAAUGGAAGACAUGAUAAUGCUUUAUCCACAUUAAAUGGUGUGAUGAAAACUGAAUACCGCAUUGCGAUAAGGUCUUCUCUUCGAAAUGAUUUUGUUGAAGGUGUUCGAGCUGUCUUGGUCGACAAGGAUCAGAACCCGAAGUGGAGCCCGUCAAGCCUAGACGAAGUUGACCCUAAAGAAGUGGAAGCCCUUUUCCAACCACUAGACCCAGAAGUGAAGGAAUUGAGCGUUUGAGUUUCAGUUUGUAUUUCGAAUCGUGCUAGUCUUUCCUUGAUUGAGUAGUAAGACAGAAUCUUAAACAUUAUUGCCAUGGACAUCUGUGAAAAAAUAAGUAAAUGCUUUUGGAAUGAUCAAAUGCCAUAUGGCUCUGUUUCCAUGAUGUUCUGGGUAAUACAUU